AUGAUAGGUGAAGCACCCAAGAGGUUAAGACAAAUACUGUCCGAUAUGUCACAAGUAAUGAGAACCAAAUUUCGACCCAUAACGACUGUUUCAAGGUAAAUUAUGUUCAAAUCAACUAGAAGUGAUCAAAUACUUAAAUAUCUAGAGACAGACAGUGUAGUUCCAUUUCCAUGACAUAGUAAUGAUCGGAAGUAUCAUACUAACAUAUUUCUAGCGUUUACAAUCAAAAAGAUUAUUUUCAAUCACACCACAAAGAUCCAAUUUAGUUGGUGAUUUAUACAUUCAACAUAUUAAAUCAUUUAAACCAAAAUCAUUAACUCAAGAAGAAAUUGAUGCUACAGUUAAAAAAUUCCAAUUACCUUCAAAACCAACCUUACCACAAGUUGAUUUAUCAAGUGAAGAAGUAAAAGCUUAUGAACAAAGUGAAGUUGAAACAGAAACAAAUGAUAAAUCAGUCGCUACUGAAGAAAAUAAAGAUAAUCAAGAUUGGUUUGUCUUUGAUGAAGUUGAAGAAGAAGCUCAUUAA